UCUAUGUUUAUUUACGUGGUUAUGUCAAAAACGUAAAUAUUAGUUCAUUAUGGAUUUAAAUGAAUCUCGAAAAGAACUAGAAUCCUGUUUAACGGAAGAACAAAAAAAAGAAUAUUUUUCUCUUCUUAGAAAAUGGUUUCUGUUUAGUUCUCCUAUAAAUAAAGACACAUUCGACAGUAACGUAAGAAAGUUAUUAGUAACAGAAGAACAGAUACGAUGCCACAAUUUUUUCCUUCUAGCCAUCCUAGCCAAAUGUAGUUCAAAUAAUAAACCGAAAAAUACGCGUUUGUCGAAUGAAAAAGGGGGUUUUGAAUACAUUGAUUAUUCGGAUUACAUUCAACCCUCCAGUCCGACUGCAGUUCCUCCGUCUGAUUUCGAGAAUCGUAGCGCCGCAGCGGAGCUAUUCCUUCCGGACAGUAGCUUCGUAUCUUGUAGGGUAGCUAUAGUAGCAUGGGAAAAUGGAAUGCAAGGUGCAAACGAAAAAGUAACUGAACUAAUGGUACAUUCUUGUCAAGUAUUCGUUAAAAAUAUAAUAACAGCUAUGAUAUCAAAAAAGAAAGGUUAUAAAAUUAGAGAUGGGAAAUUUCAGUUUGGUUUUAAUCAUCCGAUCCCCGAUCCAUUUGUGAGGAACUCUAACAAUAUAAUAGACGAUUCGUUGGAGUCUAAAGUAGAAGUUGUGGAUGAAGAUGACACGUUUAGACCGAAAUAUAAACAAUCACUGGAAAGUAUCGAGCAAAAUAUCGCUUUUGCUUAUUCUUGUGCUAAAAAACCUAAAUUUAAUAACACCCUGAGUGUUAAACUGUUGUAUGAUACCAUCAGAGAUAAUCCAUCGAUAUUAGGGUUGCACACUAUUAAUAGCACCAAUUUAUUCAAAUUAAGCCUCCAGUUAAGCGAUGAGGAUGAUAGUGAUUGAAGAAAAUGAAAUUUUGUGCAUAAUCUUGUUAAUUUCUUGUAUUGUUUAUAAUAAUUGACUCAAUAAAGAUAAGAAAAUCCUGUUUUUAA